AUGCCCCCACCAAAAUCAAUCUGCUUCGACGUCCUAGGAACAUGCUUCAGCUUCGAAAACGCCAUCAAGUGCAUCGAAACCCGCCUAGGCGCCAACCUCCGCCGCGUCAACGCCGACUCCAAAUCCGUCUUCUUCCUCUGGUUCUUCGCCGCCCAACGCGAUUUCACCUACACUUCCCUCGCCGGAACAUACACCCCCAUCGCGAAAAUAUUGUCAGCAACCUUCCAGCGGAGCUGCGCUGUUGUUGAUCUGCCGUUGAGUGAGGUGAGUGAUGAGGAUGUGGAGGCUGUGAUGGCGGAGGUGAAGAGGUUGGAGGCACGGCCGGGGUUGAAGGGGUGUUAUGAUGGCUUGAGGGAGGGGGGCUGGGAUGUGUAUGGUGUUACGAAUGGGGGAAAGGAGACGAGUUUGGGGUACUAUGAGUUGGCGGGGAUUGAACUGGAUGGGGAGCAUUUGUUAUCGUGCGAUGAGAUUCAGGUGGCGAAGCCGGAUGGGAGAGUUUAUGAGACUGCGCAUCAGCAUUUGACGAAGCGGGGACUGGGGGAUGGGGAGGGGGAGAGGUGGUUUGUGGCUGCGCAUGCGUGGGAUCUGAUUGCGGCGAGGAAGGCCGGGUUUCGGACGGCGUAUUUGACGUUUGAGGAGCAUGAUGCGUGCACGAGUGUGUUUGGGGAGUUUGAUUUGUAUGCGGAUAGUAUGGAGGAGUUGUUGGAGAAGUUGAAGAGGGUUUAG